AAUGCGCCACAUUUCAUCUAUAAAAGACACAAGCCUCAUUUGCCUAUAAUAUAUAUAACUUACACUCUUCUCUUCUUUAAGACCAAACUUGUGAUAUCUUCUUUCUCUAUUUUCAACAAUGGCAAGAAAAAUGUGCAUUGUUGUACUCUUCCUAGUUCAAAUGCUGCUUCUUCCUCUACAAAACCAUGCUGAGAUUGUUGUGUCCACCGUUGAGGCUCCAGCUCCACAACCUAGCAAAAGCAGUGGCACUAAUCAAUUUCCCAAUCAUGGCAUCACUGAAGGCAGUCUUCAACCACAAGAAUGUGGACCACGAUGCACUAAUAGAUGCUCAAACACACAAUACAAGAAGCCAUGCUUAUUCUUUUGCAACAAGUGUUGUGCCAAGUGUUUGUGUGUGCCUCCUGGCUAUUAUGGCAACAAGCAGGUUUGCCCUUGCUACAACAACUGGAAGACCAAAAGGGGAGGACCCAAAUGCCCUUAAAAGUUUUAACAUUAUCUAUCAAGUCUCUUUAAUACAUCACUAUAGAAGUCUAGCACAAGUUAUUGAUGCGCAGUAUGUGAGUAUUGUAAACUCUGAGAGUUCGUUCUAGCUCGAUUUCUACCGAUAAAAUAUAUUAUAUUACCACUCAAUGUAUGUACAAGCACUACCAUUAAAAAAAAAAAAUGCACAAUCACUAGAAUUUGUAUCCAAGAUAUUUAAAGUACCUUAAUUUAAUUAUGUUUGUCUUUAUGUA